AUGGCAGGACCUGAACCAUCAACAUCCUCAUCUUCGACGCCUCGGAACAUCGCACAGCGUGAAACUGAUGAUAAUGAUCUACGAAGACGAUGGGCGUCGGAGAUAUCCACAAGGCAUAAUACAUCUUCCGCAGCGCCUAAUAGCUUCGAUAAUUUUGCUCGUUCGUGGCAGCGGGCAGCUCAUUUCCCAGAAGUCGCUCCCCGGAGAUCCUCGUUCGUCCUCGCCCUGCCAGAUGACGAGGAACAUGGCCAUAGGCUAUCCAUAGACGAAACCAGGGCCCUUCUGCGCCGACGUUCUGGCCCCGGUGAACGAGGGUUGGAAACCCCCUUCGGUGAGGCAGAAUAUUUACUCGACUACGGAACUGUAGAUGCCGAGUUCGAUAUAUCCCCGCGCACCACACCGCUACUGGGACGAAGUUACGAACCCUCGUAUGGAACGACGGUGACGUCUAGAAUAAGCGAAUCUACCAGGCUGCACGCAGCACAGCUACAUAGGGAACACCAGUUUAUCGAGGCAGAUGCCGCAGCGGAUACGGAUUCCGAACGCGAACCCUUCAUCGUCAAGCGCAUCCAGCACGAAGACGGCUCCAAGGAAGCCAUCAUCGUCGGCCAAUCCACCGUCCCGCAGACAAUUUUCAACUCCGUCAACGUCCUUAUCGGAAUCGGCCUGCUUAGCUUGCCACUGGGCCUCAUGUAUGCGGGCUGGCUUAUCGGCAUCCCGCUCCUCAUCUUCUCCGCAGUGGCUACCGCAUACACGGCCAAAAUCCUUGCCAAGUGCGUGGACGAUCCCACCCUCGUUACGUAUGCGGACCUGGCGUAUAUCAGCUUUGGUCCCCAGGCCCGUAUCGUCACCAGCUUACUCUUCUGCUUGGAACUAAUGGGCGCAUGUGUUGCUUUGGUUGUGUUGUUUGCUGAUAGUAUUGAUGCGUUGGUUCCGGGCCUAGGCGCACUCCGAUGGAAACUGAUAUGUGGUGCGAUUUUAAUUCCGAUGAAUUUUGUGCCCUUGCGGCUGCUAAGCCUGUCGAGUAUUUUGGGGAUUUUUUGCUGUACUUCUAUUGUUCUGAUUAUUUUUGUUGAUGGCAUCAUCAAACCAGAGUCACCAGGCUCCCUUCGUGAUCCUGCGCGGACAUCACUUCUUCCUGAAAACUGGAGCGCUGUUCCACUUUCAUUUGGACUAAUCAUGUCUCCCUGGGGCGGCCACAGCGUCUUUCCAAACAUCUAUAAAGACAUGAGACACCCGCAUAAGUACGGUGUGAGUCUUUGGGUAACCUAUAUCUUCACGUUUCUGUUAGACCUAGCCAUGGCCGUUGCUGGCUGGCUCAUGUUUGGCCCUAAUGUCAGAGACGAAAUCACAUCCAACAUUCUCCGAACAGCCGGAUACCCCAACUGGCUAUCAGUCUGUAUCGUGGCUUUCAUCGCAAUCAUCCCAUUGACCAAAGUACCUCUUAGCCCCUUCCUCCGCACAGCCGUCCAAUCCAUCGCCCGCAUCCUAACAAUCUGCAUAAUAACCUUCACCGCCAUCGUCUUCCCCUACUUCGACCGCAUCAUGGCAUUCAUCGGCGCGAGUCUGUGCAUCACCAUCUGCAUCAUCCUGCCGGUGGCGUUUUAUCUCAGGAUAUUCGGGAGCAGUAUUCCGUUUUGGGAGAGGGUGGUGGAUUGGGUGUUGUUGGGCGUUUGUUCGGUUAUGGCGGUUGUAGGGACGGUGUGGGCGUUCAUUCCGAGGGAGAGGAUUGGGUUGAGUUGAGUUCGUUUUUUUUUUCUUUUUCUUUUUUUUCUUUUUUUUUUUUUUUUUUGUGGAGAGAUAUAGGGGAAUAUCUGAUGGCGGUCUUCCUGAUUGGGAUGAUCGACUAACCCUUAAGGUUAUACGAGUUAUGAAUGGCAUAUGAGCAAUCAAGAUGGAACAAACUUCCUGUCAAUUGUCUAUGUGCAAACUAUUGAUUGUAUACACAAGCGUCUAUAAUUGAAAGCUUGUGGCUAGCUGUGAGGCGAUGUGCCCUUUCCAUAUCUUAAAGAACCUAACCUAGAGUAACAGUAAAAUUAUUCCUAUUCCCACCGGGGUUCAGCAUCUCCUUCUUAAAAACAGCAGCGGCAGCAGUAGUAGUUGCAUUAGCAACGUUAUAUUCCCAAAGGUAAUAUAUAAGCUUCGACGUCACCUUCCUCUGCACCAUCUUAUACCCCAAGCUCGCCAUGAUAGUCCGCAGCCGUCCCUCGGUAAAAUACCGGGAAUUCAGCACGCACGCCGCGGGCAGGACGAGAAAUAAACACGGUAAAUAUGUGCUGCUACUAGGCUGUGUAUCCGAAACGUCUCCUGAUGCCGCAUCCCCUACCGUCCCGGUAAACGGCUGCAGUAGCGGCGGCGGCGGCGUCAAAAACGCCGUUGUCCGCCGUAGCAUCUCCCCCCUCCCCGCCGGAUCCGAGACAUAGUUCAACACCAGCGAUAGGCUGAUGAUAUGGAACUUUUCCUCCUCGCAUGCGGGCAAUGGGCGCUCCAUGAAAUCCUGCUGCAGGAUGCCCUUCUCCUGUGAAUGCAGGUCAAUCCGCGUGACAUCCAGCAAGCCGACGCGCGAGCAGGCGUUGGAGGUACUCAGCGCGCCGACUUCGAGUAACCGUAUUUGCGCGCACGGUCGUGGUCGUGGUUUUGGUUUUGGUUGUGGUUUCUCCUCUCGCCUUUCGACUUUUGCGUCACCGUUUCCAUCAUAACCCUCUUCUUUAUCACCGCCGCCCUGUUCCUUCUGCAGUUUCCGCCGCUGCAGGUGCAGCUUCUCAAACACAGGCGCCAACCAGUCCACAAGCACUUUGCUGGAAUCACCGCCCCGCUCCUUCGACUGGCCCUUCUUGCUGGCUAGCUGGUAGCCCUCGAGCCCGCCAUGUGCCGCGAUCUGCCUGUCCAGGUCGUGCACGAGCGCUUCGUUGUUCUCAGCGAGGGCGCGGGCACGGGCUUUGUGGAGCUGGUGGUGGGCGCGGAUGAGGGUGCGUGUUGCUUUGGCGGAGAGGGACGCAGCGGGUUUGCUGGUGGCGGUCGGUGGGCGGCCAUGAGAGAGGGAGCCGGGGGUUUUUCCUUUGGUCUUGGGCUUGGGCCUGCGGCGGACGCUGGUUAUUGUCAUCUUAUUAGUAUAGUCUGUAAGAUGGGGGUGCAAGCCACUCAGAGCAUCCCAUUUUUCGACGCUGUUUUAAGCCCAUUUGUUGGUGAUUACUACACCCACCUAAGUUACCCUAAUCACGUGCCGCGCAACUUAUCCAUAUGGAUACGGAGGG